GAGUCCAUGGGGAUUCCUCCCUAAGAGGAGAUCAUCUUGGGAUCCCAGACUCAUGUAGCAACUUAAGCUCUGUUCUUCCUGCCCUUGCUUCUGGCAGUCUGCCUCCAAAUGCCUGUCAGUGAGGUCCAUUCAAGGCUGUAUCUAUGCAUGUGAGAGAGACAGUGGAGGUGGAGGUGGAGAGCAUGGACAAGGCUGGCAACUUCAUCGGCUGGCUGCACAUCGACAGUGCCAACCUGUCCGUCCUGCUGGUAGAGCACGCGCUCUCCAAGGUCCACUUCACUGCUGAGCGCAGCUCCUACUACAAGUCCCUGCUAUCCGCCGAGGAGGCCGCCAAGCAGAAGAAAGAGAAGGUCUGGGCCCACUAUGAGGAGCAGCCCGUGGAGGAGGUGACCCCAGUGCUGGAGGAGAAGGAGCGAUCCGCCAGCUAUAAGCCAGUGUUCGUGACUGAGAUCACCGAUGACCUGCAUUUCUAUGUGCAGGAUGUGGAGACUGGCACCCAGCUGGAGAAGCUGAUGGAGAGCAUGCGCAAUGACAUCGCCAGCCACCCCCCUGUGGAGGGCUCCUACGCACCCCGCCGGGGAGAAUUCUGCAUCGCCAAAUUUGUAGACGGAGAAUGGUACCGUGCCCGAGUAGAGAAAGUCGAGUCUCCUGCCAAAGUACAUGUCUUCUACAUUGACUACGGCAACAGGGAAGUCCUGCCGUCCACACGCUUGGGGACCCUGCCACCUGCCUUCAGCACGCGGGUGUUGCCAGCUCAAGCCACGGAGUAUGCCUUUGCCUUCAUCCAGGUGCCCCAAGAUGACGAUGCGCGCACGGAUGCUGUGGAUAGCGUGGUCCGAGAUAUCCAGAACACCCAGUGCCUGCUCAACGUGGAGCACCUGAGCGCCGGCUGCCCCCAUGUCACACUGCAGUUUGCUGAUUCCAAGGGCGAUGUGGGGCUGGGCUUGGUGAAGGAGGGGCUGGUCAUGGUGGAGGUGCGCAAGGAGAAGCAGUUCCAGAAAGUGAUCACAGAAUACCUGAAUGCCCAGGAGUCAGCCAAGAGUGCCAGGCUGAACCUAUGGCGCUAUGGAGACUUCCGAGCUGAUGAUGCGGAUGAGUUUGGCUACAGCCGCUAAGGAGUGGGUCGGGUCUGGCCCUAGCAUCGCUCACGCCAGUUCCUCUUUGUCUGCCAGGACGGUGUUUUCAACUCCAACCCCCAGAGACGGGGUGUAGAUUGGGUCCAGCUUUGCUUCAGUGUGUGGAAAUGUCUUGUAGGGUGGCAUCGGGGCUGGGGGUGGGGUGGGGGACCCCAAGGCUUUCUGGGGGCAGGCCAUUUUCCUCUGGGGAACAGGCACUGCCAUCCUCAGGCUCUCCCAGCUGAUUAUGUAUUAUUUGAGGGCGGGUGUAUUUUUUAAAAAUUGUCCUCAAAUCAGGAAGAAACAUGAAAGACUGCCCUACUGGAGGGAGUAAUCCCAGCACCCGGGCCAGCCGCCAGCUGGCACUGCCUUUCUCCCAGACUUCCCUUCUUUCCCAGCUCUCUGUCCAACUGUUGAUUAUGUGAUUUCUCUGAUAUGUCCAUUCUCAAAUGCCAGCGUGUCCACAUCUGCCCCUGGCCAGCCCAGUCUGUAUUUAAAGCUUUUGAGGCCCAAUAAAAUAGUACAAGCUGUCUGCAA